GCAGAGGGGGACAGAGGCAGAGGAGGCAGCCUGAAAAAGGAAACACGACUCGUUUAUCGCGUCAUUCUGGGCUCGGCCGUUGAGCAGGAAACAGCCUUUCCUCUCGGAUUGUCGCCGUCGGAACAAACAUACAUUUUUGUCCUUGCUCAAUGCACCCCUCGGCACAGAACACGCGGAAGCCGGUCAGAAGGAAGAAUGCCUCCUUCGAUGGAGAUAGCCGUCCUGCUCCUCGGCGUCCUGGCUUUGGAGACGCGCAGGAGCGCCAGCGCGCUGCACAUCCAGCAGGAGUUCGCGUCUCCAAACCUCACCAAUAACUUCGUGGUGGAUCCGGUGUCCAGGAGGGUCUACCUGGCCACUGUCAACACGGUGUACCAGCUCAACGGGACCCUGACCGUGGAGGUGGUGAAGAGGACGGGGCCGGUGGAGGACAACCUGUUGUGCCAUGCGCCACAGCUGCCCCAGGCUCCGUGCGAGCAUCCCAAAUCCCUCACUGACAACUACAACAAGCUCCUGAAGCUCGACCGGGAGCAGGGGGUCGUGGUGAUGUGUGGAUCUGUGUACCAAGGCUUCUGCGAGCUGCGGAGGAUGGGAAAUAUUUCAGAGAUAGCGGUGGAGUUCCCACCUCAGGGCGAAAAGACCGUCUUCCCCAGCAUGCUCAACAUCGCUGCGAAUCACCCGAACGCGUCCACAGUGGGGCUCAUCUUCAAGAGCCACGGGGGGAACACCCGGCUUUUAGUCGGGGCCACAUACACAGGAGCUGGGACUCAGUUCUUCCCAAAGAACCACAGUAAGGAGGACCUGCGCUUUGAGAACACGCCGGAGAUCGCAAUCCGCUCCCUGAACGUCAAGGAUCUAUCCAGGCUGUUCACCUAUGACAUCAACCCCUCUGAGGAUAAUGUGUUCAAAAUCAAACAAGAGGUCAAAACCAAAAACAAGCUCAACUUCGUUCACGCCUUCAUCCAGAAAACUUACUCCUACAUCGCCUUUAACAACGACGCCAAAAUGGGCCACAAGGAGAGCCAGCCGAACAGCAUCCUGGCUCGGAUAUGUCUGGACAGCGACAUCCCCCGAAAGUCCACCGGGUCGGAGAGUAAGAAGCUCACCGAGUCCUACAUUCAGAUGCCUCUGCAGUGUGGAGCUAACGGGAACAUUUACAACCGCCUGCUGUCCGUGUACCCCGCGGAGGUCCACGGAGGGAGCGGUGGGGGCCCGGAGCCCUAUCUGUUUGGAGUGUUCUCCAAGGCGGACAGAAACUCUGCGCUGUGCGCUUUCAAGUUUGGAGACAUCGAGGCGGAGAUCCGACAGGGCCGCUCGAACUGCUCCAACUCCCCCAGCAGCGAUGUUCAGGUGCUGGACAGCGUGAUCCAAGGCUCCGGGGCCGUCUGCAUCCAGAAGGGAAACAUAGUGUUGCAGCCUGAGCAGCUGGACUGCGGCGCCGCCCACCUGCAGCACCCUCUGGCUCUACGGAGGCCUCUUAGGGCCAUUCCUCUUUUUGGAAACUCAGCCCUCAGUUCGGUCUCAGUGGACAAUGUGCACAACCACACUGUGGUAUUUCUGGGAACCAGUAACGGGCGUCUUCAUAAGCUGACCCUCUUCCCUAACAUGACCUUGGCCAGCCAGAGGAACAUGAAGCUGCCAGCUGGCGAAGCGGUCCACCACAUCAUGACUUUCGACCCCAACGACGGCAAUUUUCUUUAUGUCAUGACCUCUCACCACAUGCUGAGAGUAAAAGUAGCAGAAUGUGACCAGUGGAAGAGCUGCACUGACUGCUUGGGGGCUAAAGACGCCUACUGUGGUUGGUGCACUUUGGAGAACAGAUGCACCAUCCAGAACGAGUGUGCCCGAGGGUUGCUGCCUCGCUCCUGGAUCACGCUGGGUGAAGGCCCCAAGCAGUGUCCCUCCAUCACCCUGACCCCCCCAGAGAUCAGCAUCUCUGCAAAAAUCGAGGCUGUUGGCAUCCUAAUAAACGGCAGCAUUCCCGAUCUGAUUGGCUCGAAGGUAGAGUGUGAGUACAAGCCCGGGGUUUCCACCGCUGCCACGGUCUACGGUCUCCAGAUCCAGACCUGCCCCCUCCUUCCACCAGAAAACUACCAACCAAUACCCCCUGGCACAGAUCACCUCACUGUUUCGGUGGCGAUAAAGGUGAACGGCACGUCUGUUGUUUCUGGGAGCUUCAUCAUCUACGACUGUGAGAGAACCGGACAAAUACACCCAAAGACGUCGUGCAUGAGCUGCCUGAGCACAAGGUGGAAGUGCUACUGGGACCAAGAGCACCACCAGUGCCUCUCAAGCAAAGAUGAAUCGAAGCCAAAUCUGCUUGAAAGCGCUGCUUCCUGUCCCAGCCUGAUUCCCUCUGAGGUUCCUCCAUCACCUUCAGGAAUGGCCCAAGACUUCAUUGUGAACCUGAGCAACAUCCAAGGGACGGAGAAGCUUGAGUGUGACUUUGGAAUAGGAUGGCGCUAUGAGGCCAUAUGGCUGGACAACUCAACUGUCAAGUGCAGUGGGGUGACGUUGUUCACCAAUCAGAGGAGUCAGAUUUACCACCUCAGCCUCAGGAGAGCAGGAUACUUCAGCAGUCAGAGGGAGGAUAUAUUCCUUGACAGCCCUCAGCCCAUGAAAGUGGAGGUGUACAACUGUGGAGCGGGCAGUUCAGACUGCUCCCAGUGCUGGGGCCGUGAGGAUCAGGGACACCUCUGUGGAUGGUGUGAAAGCAGCUGCAGGCCGAGGGACGACUGCCAGCCAGACAGGAAUGUGUGUCCUGCUCCUGAGAUCCACAAGAUCUCCCCCCUGAGGGGCCCUGUUGAAGGAGGCACACUGCUGACGGUACAGGGCAGGAACCUGGGACGAAGGCCAGCAGGAGUGAACAUCUUUAUAGGAGACGUUCCCUGUGAUCUCCUGCCCGAGCGCUACACCGUCUCUGUCGAGCUCGUGUGUCGCACCGGGAGGUCCCUACGUGACGGGACGGAUUCUGUCCGCGUGGACGUGGAUCAGAGCGGGACGGGGACGUCAAAGGAAAGCUUCGCCUACUUGAAGCCCAACGUGGAGUCCAUGUAUCCAGAGAAAGGUUCUCGGGCUGGAGGAACCCGGGUGACGAUCCGUGGAGAACAUUUGGACAUCGGCUCACAGGUUAGAGUAAAGGUCAACAGAACACAGGAGUGCACCAUCACAGAAAAAACGGAUCAAACGAUUAAAUGCAUCAUGCCUCCAGCGUUGGAGGCAGACGCUGAGCUGGUGACGGUUUGUGUGGAGUUCGAGGACCAUCCUUGUGAGGAAGCAAACCUCAGCACCAUGUACACCUAUGAGCAAAACCCAACUAUCAGCUUCAUCCACCCCACGAAGAGCUUCCUCAGUGGUGGCAGGACCAUCACGGUUAAAGGUCACGGUUUUGAUCUGGUUCAGAGUGUCAUCAUGAAUGUCCUGGAAAUUGGGCAAACAAACUGCAGCGUUCUCUCCUCCUCAACAAUCACCUGUCUAUCUCCGGAGUCCAGCCAAUCCCAGGAAACCUCGGUGCAGUUCGUCCUGAACGGGGUCCCAUACACCGGAGACAGCCCUUCGUCCGCCGAUGACAGGCCUGAGGAAGAGGACGGGGAGCAUCAUAAAGAGCAUUUCCAGCUGGGAUACUUGGAGGACCCUCAGUUCUUCACCACCAACAAGGACAAGCAGAUCAAACACCAUUCAGGGGAGCCACUGACUCUCAUCAUCAAUCAGAAAGUGCCGAGUGAGCUGGAGCUGGUGCCGGAGGAAUACUCGGUGAUGAUUGGCUCCUAUCCCUGUAACAUCAGCUUCCAUAACGACCAGCUGUUCCACUGCACCAUCAACGGGCAGCUGAGCUCCAGCGAAAGUGAGCUUCCUGUCACCGUGCAGGUGGGAAACUUCCGCCACAUGAUCACCAAAGUGCAGCUCGGCGGCAGCGAGUUGGCCAUUGUGGUGUCCAUUGUGGUGUGCUGCGUGUUGCUGCUUCUGUGCACAGUGGCUCUCGUCGUGUACUGCACGAAGAGCCGGAGGGCUGAACGCUACUGGCAGAAAACUCUUCUCCAAAUGGAGGAGAUGGAGUCUCAGAUCAGAGAGGAGAUCCGGAAAGGCUUUGCAGAGCUGCAAACAGACAUGACAGAUCUGACCAAGGAACUGAAUCGCAGCCAGGGCAUCCCCUUCUUGGAGUACAAACAGUUUGUCACGCGCACUUUCUUCCCCAAGAUGUGUUCGGAUUAUGAGAACAGUCUGGUCCAGCCCACUUACGUGAAUGACUCUCUUGGACCCCGGGUGCUACCAGAGACCCAUCCGCUGUUGCAGGACUGGCAGGUGAAGGCCAACAACACAACACGACCUAAUGUGGAGGAGGGCAUCACUCUGUUCUCCACUCUGCUCAAUAACAAGCACUUCCUGAUCACUUUCGUCCACGCCCUGGAGCAGCAGAAGGACUUUGCUGUGCGAGACAGAUGCAGCCUGGCGUCCUUGCUCACCAUCGCCCUCCAUGGGAAACUUGAAUAUUACACCAGCAUCAUGAAAGACCUGCUGGUUGAUCUCAUCGACGCUUCGGCUUCCAAGAACCCCAAACUGAUGCUGCGCCGCACCGAGUCCGUCGUGGAGAAGAUGCUGACCAACUGGAUGUCCAUCUGCAUGUACAGCUACCUGAAGGAAACAGUGGGCGAGCCCUUCUUCCUGCUUCUUUGUGCAAUCAAGCAGCAGAUCAACAAGGGCUCCAUAGACGUCCUCACCGGGAAAGCCCGCUACACCCUCAACGAGGAGUGGCUGCUCCGUGAGAACAUUGAGGCCAAGCCACAGAACAUCAAUGUGUCCUUCCAGGGGUGUGGCAUGGACUCACUGUCAGUCAGGGUCAUGAAUACUGACACGAUCUGCCAAGUUAAAGAAAAAAUAAUUGAAGCCUUUUAUAAAAACCUGCCUUUCUCCCAGUGGCCUCGAGCGGAGGAUGUGGACUUGGAGUGGUUUGACUCUGGCAGCAACAGUAAGCUCCUGCAGGAUCUGGACAACUCCUCAGUGAUGGAGGAUGGUCGAAAGAAACUCAACACAGUCUUCCAUUACCAGAUCCCAGAGGGCGCGUCGCUGGCCAUGAGCAUGAAAGACAAGAAAGAAAACACCCUGGAGAGAGUCAAAGAUCUGGACACAGAGAAAUAUGUGCACUUGGUUCUACCUCAUGAUGAGCUUAUAGAGACCAAGAAGUCGCACAGGCACAGCCAUCGCAAGAAAGUGCUGCCGGAAAUCUACCUGACACGCCUUCUGUCUACGAAGGGAACUCUUCAGAAGUUCUUGGAUGACCUCUUCCAGGCCAUCCUCAGCAUCCCUCCUGACCGCCCGCCUCUGGCCGUCAAAUACUUUUUCGACUUCCUCGAGGAGCAGGCUGACAAGCGGGGCAUCACGGACCCAGACACCCUGCACAUCUGGAAAACGAAUAGCUUACCUCUGCGUUUCUGGGUGAACAUCCUGAAGAACCCCCAGUUUGUGUUCGACAUCGAUAAGACGGAUCACAUGGACGCCUGUCUGUCCGUCAUCGCCCAGGCUUUCAUUGAUGCCUGCUCCAUUUCUGAUCUGCAGCUGGGAAAGGUGAGUCUCUCGUUUACAGUGUUUAUAUUAGAAGCAGCUGUGGAAAAAGCAGCAUGCACAGACAUGUGUCUUCUCAGCAAACAAAUUAGGAGCUGCCUGCAUGUUGGAAAAUUAAAUUAUUUCCUCUUUGUUUAACCUUAAACACCACAGUCUUAAGUAUUUUUUUUCCUCAAUCCUUGUUCGGUGAUUAACUUUGGACCUUCAUAUAUUUUCUGUAAAUCACUGAUCCAGACCAAAGUAUUGACAAUAUUUGUAACGACUUGAGAUUCUCUUUCCUUUGAAGAAGCUUCUCACAGGAUUUGGCAGCAGCAGAAGGUCAAACCCAUUCAGGAGCAAAUCCACAGAAUGUAAACAAGAUUAGAUAGCAGGCCUUAACGGCACCGCCCGACAACGGCUGUGCCACAUGUUGCAAUCAGAGCAUCGGUGAUAAGGAUGUAAUUUCAGCCAAUGGCUCAGAAGGAGCCGUUUUCACUCUUAUUACCUCUAAAAUGAGGUGAAAAUUGCUGACGCACCGUUCACUGUCACCUUACGAGGAACUGGGUCAUUUCUCCUUCUCCACAUUUAAAACCUCAAAUUAUUUGUUCUCCACCUAUCAAUCUUUGCAUCUACUGGAGCAAAUUAUCUUUCCAACAGCCACUGCCACACACACACACACUCGCACUUCUUCAGCCCCCCCUGUGAGCCCUCCUCCUAAGCCUUCACACUGUCAGCUCCAUCUACCUCCCCUCCUGUUAUUCCAGCCCACUCGGUUUAUCCAAGGUCAUAAGCACCAGGGAUCUCUUUAGGUGCUGCGCGCGAGUUUGUGUGUGAGUGCGUGAACAUUCAUUCAUCUAUCUAUCUUCCUAUCCGCCUGUCUGCAUGUGCACGUACGCAUGUCAAUGUCCUCACUGCUCACAAAUCUGUCUCAUCCUUCAGACACCAUGACCCUCAGCACGCUCUGCUUCCUGUCUCCUUCUGACUGGCUUCCUCCCUGGAGGGAGCUGAGGACUCCUCAUAUAAUGCUCUUUUCUCUGAGAAACAGGCUGAUUUAUGUGCCUUAUCUCAGCGCCAAAAAGCCAGCGUGCCUACAGCCGCUAUGCUCAAGCGUACAAACGGGAUAAUGCAUGUGCAUGGGUGCAGAGACAAACAUAAAACCUUCAGCGAUGAGAUAGAGUGCGUCUACAGCUCCCUGAUUAUCUGGCCACAUCUGGCUGGCUGUGUGUGUGUGUGUGGCAAAGCCAAGUUCAAGGAUGUGGUCACAUCUUGUCCCGCAGGUGAAGGAGAAAAGUGAUGAAAUGUUACUACGCUUUGAGAGAUUCUGCACAGACGAUGACUACAAGACGAGACAGUAAAGGGAUCCGGAUUAGCUGGGAGCCCAGCAGCGGUGAACUCAGAGUAGGAAGCUGUGUGUUGCUUUUGGUUUCCAAAGAAACCGUCUUAUCUGGCGAGAUGCAGAGCGUAGAGGGCCACACGGUCACAGGAGGCUUGGUGGACAGAUGGAUGAGCAGCAGGAAGUGACCUUGUGGACAGGAAGAAAGAGGGUUCCUAUCAGAAGGAGCAAAUUUGGCUGCAGCAGCUCAGCUGCUUGGCACGUUUAACUCACACAAUAAGUGACACAAAUAACUCAUGACAUGUGGAAAUGUUAAGGUGCGCUGUAAGCACCUUCAGCCCUGCUGAAAGCAGUAGCUGCCAGUCUGUCUGCUUCCCUGUCCUACUUUCUCCGUCCCUUUCUCUCCCCCACAGUGCACCACGCUCACAGCAGUAGUCGCCACUAAAACCCGAAUAUGCCCACAGCCUUUUAGGGCUGCUACUUCUCCUGCUUGAAUGAGCACCAGUGUGGGGAGAUUUGUUUAGACUGGAAUGUUCUCUGGCUCUGAAUAUGAUUCCUGUUGUUGUGAGCAAAGAAAAAUGUUUCCUGCCUCCAUUGUCUUGAUUUUUUAUUUUUUAUUUUUUUGGUUUAGAUUGGGUCAUCAAGAAUAACACACAGUUUAGAUGUACAGUUACUUUUGAAGGCACAGACAUAAGUAACUGUAGCUAGAAGAAAACAGAAAAUGAGAGCUCAGAGUUUGAGAUGUAACAAAAUGGAGUCAACAUAUUACUUUAAAUAAAAACAAAAA